AAAAUAAUAUUUUCUCUUCACCAGGAAACCAUCGCAGUAUGUGAGGAACCUCCCCAAGAGAUCGGAGAGGAAAUACCAAAGGAAUCUAGUGUUGGUAUCUGCCAGCACCAAAACUUGGAUGUGGACAUCAAAAAUAAUGAAGAAAGCCUCCAAGUCUCCAAUAAGGAGAAUGAUACUUAUCACUUUCAAGAGAAAUACCCGGUAAGCAGAAGUUGUACAACUGUAUUUUGCAACAGAUGCAAAAGCCCAAUUUUCAUGGUUUUACUUUAUUAUAGCACCCAGAGGUGGGCUGUAAGAUUUCGGUGCCCAAGGCAGCCCCUCUGCUGCUGGCUCUGCUGCCAAAAACCAUUCAGCCUCCCCCUCCCAACUGGGUCCUUUGCUGCAGCAACUUGCGCUAGCCACCCCAAUCCCCAAUGCUCCAUGCAGAAUCAAGGAGCUAAAGGAACAGUGCAAUUGUUUUCCUUUAAACAGAAACCCUCGGCAAGUUGCACCCUAGUUGCCGCCUUGCCUAUCUCUAGUUCCUGCCCUGAUAGCACCCUUCAGCCUUCUCCCCAAUACAGCAUUUCCCUGUUUCCACUACGCCAGCUUUGCUUCUCUGAUGUACAAAGGGUUAUUAGCCCAACUGUAUUAUAUUCAUUUCAUGAUGUCAUGUUUUCAUUAUUCUUUAAGGAACCCGAAAGAAUCUUAAAACUAGGAAAGGCUAUCGGAGAAGGUGGCUUUGGCGUGGUUCAUAAGGGUUGGCAUCAGAUCAAAAACAGACAAGUGGCCAUAAAAAUAAUAAAAGACCUGGAGAAUGAAGAAAUAAUCAGAAAUGAAUUAGAAAUCCUUGAGAAAGUUUCAGGCCACGAAAAUAUCAUCACCUUCCAUGGGGCUUUCUACCAAAAGCCCAAUGUGAGGAAUUCGCAAAAUGAAGGAUUAUGGGUAAGAAAGUGUUUAUUCAGAUACUGGUUAAACCAUGCUCCAAACAUGCCAAGUAUGUAUAUUGCUAGGAGAUAACAGUAGGGUUGU